GUGCCAGCUCCAUGUCGCGCAGGGCAAUGGAGCAGCCCCGGCGCAUCACCGACUCCUUCCCGCGGCGGCGGCGGCGGGGCCCGGGGCGACUCCCGGGCAGGCUCAAGGACAAGAAGAACAAGGACAAGGUGCAGGUGAAGGUGCGGGACUGUCCCCACGCCCCCUCGCAGCCCACCCCGGACCCGGCGCUCCUGGAGAUGUUGCGGCGCUUCGAUCUCUCCUGGGAAUACGGACCCUGCAGCGGGAUCACCCGCCUGCAGCGCUGGGAGCGAGCACAAGAGCUGGGGCUGAGCCCCCCUGGCCCCAUCCGUGACGCCCUCCUGGAGUACCGGGACAACCCCGAUGUCACCUACAGCCUCUGGCACGAGUAUGAUCUCUGAGCCGCCGCACCGAGAGAGAGGGGGGGACCAUUCCGGACGCCCCCAGACCCUAUUCCAGGGACAACGGGUGGAUUAAAGCUGGUGUGAGCCAAUGAAGGGGUGCCAUGUGUUGUCGGGGGGGGCACGGGGUGGGGCGAAGCCAUUGGAGUUCAGGGGGAGGGAAGGGAGUUGCAUCCCCCACUCAAAAAAGCUAGAUGGGGUGUCCAAGCCACACAGUUUGAUGCCGCACAGAUGGGACCCAGGGAGAAAAAUCUGGUUUUGGGUGGAGAAAGGGAGGUGGGAUUUUUUCCUCAAGAAUGGGAUGAAAAAAUGAAGAAUGAGAUAUAAAAUGAGGUGAAAGUGGGCAUAGCGAGGUGAGGCAGGUGGCUGUGGAUUGUGGACAUGUUCAGCAGUGGGGUGGGAAGAAUGACACUGUCCUUUGGGAUUUAUAUGUUUAGUAGCCCUAAUUAGCAGCUUUGCUACGUGCAGAACCGUAAAUGACAGGACAUGUCUGUUAAUUACUCAGGUUAUCAAUGUCUUAAUUCACCAGCUCUUUCUGUUGCUUUAUCAAUAAAUAAAUUGUUUCUAUC